AUGGUCAAGCUUACUGAGGUCGAGGAUGAGCACUUCGCAGAGAAGCCUUCCACCACUAAGAAUGACGCUCUCUUGAUGUCCGAUGACGAGGACUACACUGACACCGACUCCGAGAUUUCCAACGACGAGGAGGAAGACUUUGAAGUCGAAGACGAGUCCCUCUACGACCGCAUUGUCGCCUUGAAAGAUAUCAUCCCCCCCGGCGCGCGCCGCACCGUUAGCAACUCCGUUUCUUCCAUCACAUCCCUCACCAAGUCCAGCUUGUCAUUCAGCGGAAAGGCUCUGUGGGUGAUCAGCACCAGUGCUUUCCUCAUUGGUGUGCCCUGGGCUCUGGCCUACGCCGAGGAGGAGCAAUAUAUCCAGAUGGAGCGCGAACAAGGCAUGAUUAAGGGUGCCAACGAGAUGCUCGCCCCCGGCUCCGAACUUGAGAAGCAGGAGAUCCAGGCUUCUCUGUAA